AUGUACAAACUCCUUGUAACAUUAUUAUUGCUAAGCUGUAUUGUAAAUUUCACAUCAGCAGCUUGCGAUCCAAGUAAACUUUUAGAUGCAGAAUUGAGUUUAUUAUUUGAUGAUGCUUUACCAUUCGAUUUGAUUCCAAAGAGAAUGGAAUAUCCAUUGAAUACUCAACGUUUUACAAAUGCCAAGUUGAAUGAAGGUUUGCAAUUUUUUAAAACCAGAUUUGGAAUUGAUUUUACAAAUGCCAACAGUCAACCAAAAUAUUUCAGAUUGGAAAAGGGAAGUUUUGAGGGAUAUUCAGUAGUUGGUGCUGUUACUAACAAAUCUAGAUUCUUUGGCAGUCCAUUGAUUAGAGUUUAUGCUGACAUGUUGACAGUUGUCAGUUUGAAUUCCACUAACGUUGAUCCAUUGACUCAAUAUCCAAUUCCAAAGGAUGCCAUUGCACAAUUUGGUUACUAUUCAUUCUAUUACAGAGCUAACAAUACCAAGUUUACUGAACCAAUCAAAGUCACCAGUCAAACUUUCCAAGAAGGUUGGAGAGAUGCUCAACAAAAUCUCGAUCACUCACGUAAUAUUAUCUUUGAUUUGUAUUCCCCUGAAUGGGGAGUUGGUGCUUCUCAAGGUGUUGUCACCAUGCCAAUGCAUGAUUCCACAUUAGGUAAAAGUCAAGUGUCAAUGAGAGAAUGGUUGAGAUUCCCACCUGUUGGAACUGCAAAGAGAGGUGAUGUAACUACCUGUCAAUCUUGGUUGAAUUAA